AUGGUGGAAACCGAGGGGAAACGGGACGAAGUCGCUCGUGUUUCCCUCGUUUCCACGAAGGGUGUUCUCCUGGACGAGUUCGUUCUUCCCGAAGGCAAAAUCACCGAUUAUCGCACGCAGUACUCCGGAGUCACGGCAGAACAUCUCGCUUCCUGCAAAAAUACCUUCGAAUCGAUUCAGCAGCGCGUUUAUUCGGAAAUGACCAAAAUCCCCUCGAUUUUAGUGGGCCAUUCGCUGGAAAACGACCUGGCUGUGCUGAAGCUGGUUCAUAGCCACAUCAUCGACACAGCUGUGCGUUACACGCAUCCCACUCCUGGAUACAAGCAUUCCUUGCGCUAUUUAGUAGCCAAUUAUUUAAAUCGGAGCAUUCAAGGCGGCAAGAAGGGACAUGAUCCCCGCGAGGAUGCGAAGGCCGCUUUGGAUUUGACGAUCUUUUAUGCGAGUGGCGUGGGGUGA